AUGGCGAAGAGAAGAAAUCUGAGUUCACCAUUUUUGUUUGCCAUUCUAAUCUCAUGGUUUGCUGCUGCUGUUGCUGAGCUUGAAGGUUCUAAAGAUGUAUCUGGUGCUGGUGCAGCAACUCUGGUCACAAAAGAUCAGAGAAGAACCAUCGUUAAGACGGAUUCUGGAGUGAUUUCAGUUGUUGAAAUCAGUGAUGGCAAUCGAAGGCCAUACAAUCUUCAGUUCAUCACCUUGGAUCCCAAUUCUCUCUUCCUUCCUGUACUGUUGCAUGCAAAUAUGGUGUUCUAUGUACACACAGGGAGUGGAAGCUUGAGUUGGAUUGGUGACGACGGAAGAUAUAAUGUACAGGUGAAGCAAGGUGAUGUCUAUAGCAUUCCUGCGGGUGCCGUGUUCUUCGUGCGAAGUAGCUUAGAAUCCACCAGAGAGAGGCUCAGGAUUUAUGCUAUCUUCAGUGAUACCAAUGACCAAAACCCAUAUGAGUCAUAUAUUGGGGCUUACUCCACAGUGACCGACCUGGUUCUGGGCUUGGAUGACAAAAUCCUUGAAUCGGCUUUCCAGGUUCCUCAAGAAGUGAUAGAGGAGAUAGCGAACGGAACCAAGCCUCCGAUCAUCCAUGUAAAGUCCAGAAAUGGAACAGAACAGUCGGAAGCAGGGGACUGGGGAGCUGGGAUAAUUGAAGCCCUUGAAGGACCUGAUCCCCAGGAACUUAACAGCAAGAUGAAAGCCUUCAAUCUCUUCACUGCCAAGCACGACUUUGAGGAUUGCAAUGGCUGGAGUUUGGAGGUGAAACCCAAGAACUUGCCGGUCUUGAAAGGUUCUUCCAAUUUUGGGGUUUUCAUGGUGAACUUAACUAAGGGUUCAAUGAUGGGGCCUCAUUGGAAUCCAAGGGCGACAGAGAUAGGAAUUGUGACCCAAGGGCAAGGGAUGAUUCGUGUCGUCUGUCCUAGCAGCACCAGCUGCAAAGCAAAUGAGUCAAAGUGCAAGAACAUGAGGUUACGGGUCAGCGAGGGAGACGUUUUCGUUGUUUCACGAUUCCACCCCAUGGCCCAGAUGUCCUUCAACAACGACACGUUUGUGUUCAUGGGUUUCAGUUCUUCGGCAGCGAAGAAUUACCCUCAAUUUCUAGCGGGGAGGAGAUCCGUGCUUCGUACAUUGGAGAAAGAUAUACUGGCCAUAGCAUUCAAUGUUGAUAACAUGACGACGAUUGAUCGGUUGUUAGCUUCACAGGCUAAAUCCAUCAUACUGGAGUGCACCUCAUGUGCCGAGGAAGAAGAGGAAGCAAUGGAGCAGGAGAUUGAAAAGGAAAGGCAAGGGGAAGAGGAAAGGAAGAAAAAGGAAGAAGAGGAAGCUGAGGCUAGGAGGAGAGAAGAAGAAAGAAAAAGAAAGGAAGAGGAGGAGGCUAAGAGGAGAGAAGAAGAAGAAGCAGAAGAAAGGAAGAGAAAGGAGGAAGAGGCAAAGGAAAAGGAGGAGGAAAUAGAAGAGGCCAAGAGGAGAGAGGAGGAAGAAGAGGACAGGCGGAAAGAGGAGGAAGAAGAGGACAGGAGGAGAGAGGAAGACGGAAAAAAGAGGCAACAAGAACAAAAAGAGGCAAGGAGGCAGGAGGAAGAAGAGGACAGGAGGAGAGCAGAGAAAGAAGAGAGGGAACAGGAGCAAGCUCGCCGAUGGCAGAGAGAGGAAGAAGCUGAGGCACGUCAACGAGAGAAAGAGAGGCGACGAGAAGCAGCCAGACGCAGAGAGAAGCAAGAAGAAGAAGAGAGGGAAGAAGAGGAAGCUGGGAGACCGGAGCGGCGAAAGAGAUGGAGCGAGGAGGAAGAGGAAGCUGGGAGGUCAGAUCCUCGAAAGAGGUGGAGGGAAGAAGAAGAGGCAAGAAGGCAAGAUGAAGAGUGGCAAAGGAGACGGGGGGGAGAGGAGUGGGAUGGUGAAGGGGAAGGUGAAGCCAGAAGAGUCUUGAAUAGAAAGGGGAGGAUCUGA